UUCGAUUGCCGUCGUCCCACCUAGGGGUGUUAGGUUAAGUUUCCUUGCCUCGAAUUGUUACGCACCCAAUGCGUUGCUCUUUUUUAUCCAUCUCGGUCCUCAAGUCGCUCUGUGGCCGCUAUCGGACGGUCGGCUAGCAGAGGGUCACGCGCCGCCAGUUAGCACCACAGGCAAGUUUGCGGCAAACUUGGACGAGUCUAGAUUCCAUAUCUCAGAGCGCCAUCCGCAUGUCUUUCUGUUGGUCUUACCACCACAAGUCCAUCCUCAUCCUCAUAGUUUUAGCCGGCUUAAUUACUUAUCUCUAGCCGAAAAUGAGUUCCUUUAUUGACAUCAUCACGCUCGAUAACUUUCAGCACAAAAUGCCUCGCUGGGACCUAAACAGCGCGAACCAUCUCUUCGCCCUGGUUGACAUGGGCAGCAAUGGUAUCCGCUUCUCUAUAUCGGAUCUCUCGCCGCCGCGGGCUCGGCUGCUCCCGUGUAUAUACCGCGAGCGGGCCGCCAUCUCACUGUUCGACGCCCUGAACAAGCCGCCGACGUCGCCCAACCAGCAGGGCGGUACCGCCCCCAUGGUCUUCCCGCCAGAAACCAUCAAGCUGGUCGCGCAGACUCUGGCCCGUUUCAGAGCCAUCGCCGUCGACGACUAUGGCGUCCCUCCCAGCCAGGUGACCGUCUUCGCCACCGAGGCCAUGCGCCGGGCCCAGAACGCCGUGGCUAUGCUCACGGCCAUCAACGCUGAAGUCCCGGACCUGGUCGUCUACGUGCUAGCGCCGCAAGUCGAGACGCUCUUUGGGUCCGUGGGAGCCAGGUCGGGGUUCGUCGACGUGAAGGGGCUCUUCCUUGACCUCGGGGGCGGCAGUGUCCAGAUGACGUACAUGGACACGUAUGCCGCCAAGGCUCGCGGCGGCCACGAAGGAGACAAAGAGGAGAGCACGGAGGGCGGCUACGAGAUCGCCGCAGCCCUGGCUGGCGAGAGUCUGCCGUUUGGCGCCGCGCGGCUGAUCAGAGUGCUGCAAGACGCCGGUGCCGACGUCCAAGCCGCCGAGACGCAGAAACUGCACAGCGGCAUGGGCGAGGCAUUCGAGACGCUGCGCGCCCAGUUCCCAACCCUGGCCGCCACCGUCGCCGAGGCCCGCGAGCGCGACGGGCCGGGCAUCGACAUCUAUCUCUGCGGCGGCGGCUUCCGCGGCUACGGCAGCAUGCUAAUGCACAACAGCAGCGUCCAGCCGUACCCGAUCCCGGCCAUCGGGUCGUAUGUCGUGUCGGGCGACGAGUUCGGCAGGGCCAACCACCUGCUUAAGGUCAACGCCGAGUUCGACGGCAAGAUAUUCGGCAUGUCCAAGCGGCGCCGCACGCAGUUCCCCGCCAUCGUAGCCGUCGUCAAGGCCCUCAUCGCGGCUGUCCCGCGCAUCCGGUCCGUGACCUUUUGCGCCGGCGGGAACCGCGAGGGCGCGCUCGCCACGAUGCUGCCGCGCGAGGUAAGGGAGAGCAACCCUUUGGACCUGGUCGAUGCUCCGCCUUAUUCAACCCCGAUGCCGCCGCUAGCCACCGCUGCAUUGCCUGCCGACAUACUCGACACCCUACUGUCUGCCUUUCCGCCUACUACCGCCGGAGCUUUGAAUCCGCUCACGUCGGCAAGCGCCUUCAGCUUGCACUUCGGCCCCAUCUACAUCCGGCAGGCCUGGGCGCGCGCCGGCGAGGAUGCCGACGCCAACGCGUCGGCCGCGCUGCACGACGCCGUCGCCGGCAACCCCGGCUGUCCCGGGCUGACGCACGUUGCCCGCGCCAUCCUCGGGCUGACCCUGUGCGCGCGAUGGGGCGCGGGCGUGAGCCCCAUAGACAGGGACCUGUACCGCGGCCUACGGGCACUGGUCGGCGCUGCGGACCCGGACGCGCUGCUGUGGGCCGACUAUCUAGGCGCCGCGACGGCGGCGCUUGCGAGGGUGGUCCCGGCAUGGCCGAAGAGCAGGCAGGCCAUUGACAACAGCAUCAGGUUCCGAUGCACCAGCGAGAGCGGCAAGAAGCUAAAGAUCCUGCUGGACAUUUCCAUCAGCAAGACGGCGGCAAGGGGGCUCGAUCCCCAGGAUCUGGUGGACCUCUUCAAGAACGUGGCCAAAAAUAGGGCGGAUAUAAAGGUCGUUGUCACUGUCAGCCAGCUGGGUUGAAAAGCGGAAGAUCUUAGCAGAACAGUGGCGACUUGAAUCAAGCACGAACUCCUCUCAGAGGGGACUGAUAUCUAGGUAUACAAUCACAGUGGUAUGUUCGGCUCGUCCACGCAGGGGAUAUCACGGAUGGCUGAAAUAUGUUUUAGGAUCCAUGAUAUGAGAUUCGUGAACCUUUGGUUUAGGCCCGUUUGUGAUGUGUGAAAGAAAAAAAUCUUGAAGGAGCUGUC